AUGUCAUCGGACGCGCCAGAACUGACUCGCCAGUGUGGGACCAAUGAGUAUCAUCGCUAUCUGAUUGAUACCGAGCCGGCCUAUAAGCCCACAAGGCAAUCACUUGAGCAGUUUAACCAUCUUUAUCGCCGAAAUCAAACGCUGCGGUCCGGUGUGGCAUUAAUUCCGGUUGUUGUUCAUGUUGUGUAUAAUGGAGACGCCGCAAAUAUCACCGAGGCUCAAGUUGAUAGCCAAAUUGUCGCACUAAACGCCGACUUCAACGCGCAGAAUGCGGACAUCAGUGAAAUUCCGACAGCUUUUAAACCCUUGCUUGGUGAAGCGCGCAUACGUUUUUUUCGCGUGCAACGGGAUCCACAAGGCAAACGACACCCUGGGAUUACUCGCACACGGACAAGUAUCCAAGCUUUCAACCAGAAUGGUAAUCAACUUGACCAGAGAAUGAAGUCUGCCGCUCAAGGAGGACAUGACGCUUGGCCAAGCGACCGCUACCUCAAUAUCUGGGUUUGUGAUCUCGGCAGGGAAUUACUUGGCUAUGCCCAGUUUCCCGGUGGGCCUAUCGAAAAAGACGGCGUGGUUAUAAACCAUACAGCAUUCGGCACUACUGGCACGUCAGUCUCUCCUUUCAACCUCGGCCGUACAACAACUCAUGAAGUUGCUCACUGGUUGAAUGUGUAUCAUAUCUGGGGAGAUGAUGGUCUCGCAUGCUCUGGGAGCGACUAUUGUGAUGAUACACCAAAUCAGGCUGGGUCUAAUCGGGGCCGGCCUCAAUUCCCUCACGUCUCAUGCGGUAAUGGCCAGUCGGGGGACAUGUUCAUGAAUUUCAUGGACUACACGGACGAUGAGGCUAUGUUCAUGUUUACCAAGGGUCAAGUGGCGCGAAUGAAUGCGACUCUGACUGGACCAAGGUCAUCGCUUAUCGGAUCCAAUUUCCAGGAGCCGAUUCUACAAACAGGCACAAGGCUGUUUGAGACGGAUGAGACAUUUGACUUCCUCGUGGCUGAUUGGAAUCGAGACGGGGUGCAAGACCUCAUCGCCAUAAAAAAGCAAAACACCGCUAGUAAAACAACGGAGUUGCAUAUCCUAUCAGGGAGGUCAAAUUUCCAAGAGUAUCUCCUGCAGACAGAUACCAUUCUCCCGGAAACGGAUGACACAUUUGAGUUUGCUAUGGCCGAUUGGAAUGGCGACAAGUCCCUAGACUUAGUUGCGAUAAAAAAAAGGGGACUGACACAGGCCAAACAGAGGUUCAUAUUCUGUCCGGGACCGCGCAAUAUAAAGCCUUUCUUCUUCGGACCCGAACGGCACUUUGUCAAACCGAUAGUACCUUCAAGUUCCUGA